UUGACGUGCUUUUGUGGAAAUACUCGCUUUUCAUUUGUUGAGAAGAAAAUAAUUUAUAAUUAUAAGAGGUACUGAAAGAAUAUUAUUGUGUUCAGCUUUGAAACCUACCGGUCGAUUGACGACAGGCAUGCCGGGGGCGUGAGAUGGAUGGAAUUCAAAUGGAGCCCAUCGGCAAGUACAAAGCCGACAGAAACGGCUCCGCGAAGGCGGCCGCCUGGCGCAACAUGGUGGACCAAGACCUGGAUGACGUGGCGUUCCUAGCCGACACGGACAAGGCCCGCGAGGCGCGCGAGCUGGGCGAGGUGCCGGUGGCGGUGUGCUCGCAGCGCCGCGCGCUCUGCCUGGCCGCGCUCGUGUUCGCUGCGAUGUUCGCGACCGCGCUCAUCGUCGUCUACGCCACCCCGCAACCAGAAUGUCCGUGCAUCGAUGACAGCAGCCUGUUGCCUGGUCAGCCACCCACAGGCUCCGAGGAGAAUGCGACAGCUGCCAACAAGGAGCGCAUUGCGAGCAACGGCGUGGUGUACCCGUGGCGCGGCGCGCGGCUGCCGACCUUCCUCAUCCCCAAACACUACAACUUGUGGCUGCAUCCCAACCUCACCACCGGUGAACUGCGAGGCGAAGUGUCAAUAGACUUCAAGGUAGACCGCGACACGUCGUUCGUGGUGGUGAACGUCCGCGACAUGAACGUGACGGAGCGCGCGCUGUUCCGCGGCGGCGGUGCACUCGGACCCAAGGUGUUGCGGACACUGGACUAUCCGCCCGCUGAUCAGACUUACAUCGAGUUCAAGGAGAAGCUACGUCGCAAGUACAACUACACGCUGAGCCUGCGGUUCAUCACGAAGUUGGAUCGCAGCGACAAGCAGCGCGGGUUCUUCCUCGCCGGCACGCACCGACAUCGCUGCGCAGUGUCACGUUUCUGGCUGACGCACGCGCGCUCCGCAUUCCCGGCGCUCGACGAGCCGCACCUGCGAGCCACAUUCAAGCUCACCGUCGUCAGAGACAGGUUCCAUGUCUCACUUACCAAUAUGCCAAUAGUGGCGACGGAGGAAGCUGGCUUCUACCUCGGACAUAGACUGCUGCAAGACGAAUUCGCGACAACACCACCGAUGUCGCCUCACAUGGUAGCGCUGGCGGUGUGCCGGCUGCAGCGCCGUUCCGCCCCGCCCCUCACGACCACGCCCGCGUUACCCCCGCCCACAGUGCCGCCCACGGCCCCACCCACCGCGCCGCCCGCCCACACCGGGUCUACGGAACCGCCGGUUGAAGAGGACCUGCCGCCGCCCGAGAUCAGCCUGUACAGUGAUCAGCAAGUGAUACUGGAUGAGUCUGGGCCUCUCCUGGAAUGGGUUUCGAAGACAAUACAGCUCUUCGCCUAUGAAUUGAACACAUCUUACCCGCUGCCCAAGUUUGACAUCGUGGUGGUGGAGGGCGGCGGUCAGUACUCGGAGGGGUGGGGACUGAUCACGCUGUCACCGGCCGUACUCACCGACACCAAGGUCAUCGCGCGCCUGCUCGCGCAGCAGUGGUUCGGUGGUCUUGUAUCUCCUCGUUGGUGGAGCUCCCAGUGGCUGCUGGAGGCGCUGACGUCGGUGCUGGGGGAGCGCGCGCCCGCGCUCAACGGAGCGAAGCCCGAGAGGCAGCAGGAUGCGCUGCUGGUGGAUCACAUACUACCUGCGCUUAGAUUGGACUCAAGUAACUCUGUGCGCGCCGUGGCGUCUCCGAGACUGGAGCGCGCAGACAUAGAGGCGGCCGCAGACGAACUAUCUUUACACAAGGGUGCUGCUAUAGUAAGCAUGGCUAUAGAAGCAGCUGGCCAGGCGGCCGGGCGCGCCGCGUUGGCACGACUUCUGCGCCUGCAUCGUGCUGCUAGCGCUGACGCCAGGGACCUGUGGCGCGCGCUGCAGGCGGACGGCACGGAUGAGGCGCCGUCGCACGCCUGGGACGGCUGGUGCGAGAAGCCAGGGUACCCGCUGCUGUGUGCGCGCACGCAGGGCGAUGACGUCGUGGUCAAACAGGAGAGAUUCGUGAUGUCUGCGGACGCGCCGGACCCGGAGCCGUCCAUGGUUAACGGUCUGCUGACUCAGACUCUGCGAGCUGAACUCGACGAACUGUUCUAUGAACCUGAAAACAUAACCGAAGCGUACGAAGAGGAUAUCAAUGCGACCACCACCGCAACUCCGCCAACCACGCGUCGCACCACCGUCCGCACCACGCGCCCGCCUCCAGCACCACGCUGGAUCAUCCCUGUCACAUUCACCGUCGGACCUCCGGAAGCCGAGGAUGAGGAUAUAGAGAACAUCACCAGAGUAUGGAAGAACUCGCCUGAGAACGUGCACAAUGGGACUUGGUACGAUGUUGGUAGCGAGACAAAACUGAAAACGUCCAAGUGGCUGGAGAACGUCACCUACCUGAUAUGGAUGAACGAUACUGAGAUGGUGAUCCCCGAGCUGGGCAAGCACAAGUGGGUGCGGUACAACGUGGGAGCGCGCGGGCUGUACCGCGUUGCGCCGCAGGACCAGAAGCCUGGAGAGUCUGAGGAGGCAAUUGCUCGUCGUGCGGCGGCGCUGUACGACGGCGGCGCGCCGGCAGAGCGCGCGCUUCUGCUGGACGACGCGUUCGUGCUGAGCCGCGCGCGCCGCCUGCCCGCCAGCCGCGCUGUUGCUGCUGCCUCCCGUCUCCGUGACGAGAAGCACUGGGCAGUAUGGCGCGUACUGCUAUCACACGCGGGCGCGUGGCGCUCCCUGCUGCAUACUGCUGCCUGCGCGCCGGCGCUGCGUCGUAUGCUGGCGGAGCUGCCGCCGCCAGUGCCCGUGUACACCAUGCAGCAGCUGCAGGACCCAGCCAUUAGCGAGGACCAGCAAUGGCUGAGCGGCGCGCUGCUGACGGCGGGCGUGGAGUGGGAGAACGAGAACGUGACGGAGCAGGCGCUGGCGCUGUUCGACGCCUGGCUCACCGGGAACGACUCCAUCCCGGAGAUAUAUCAGGAGGCAGCGUUCACGGCUGGCGUGCGCCGUCACGGCGAGGCGGCGUGGUCAGCGUGCUGGCGCGCGCUGCUGGCGUCGCACGCGGCGCCGCGCCCGCUGUACUCGCACCGCGCGCUGCUCGCCGCGCUCUCCUCGCCGCAGGACGACUGGCUGCUGUACAGGUUCGCCUACACGGUGCUAUCCCCGGAAGCGUCUCGCGGGCACGAGUGGCGGACGUGGGCGGCGGCGCUGGUGGGCGGCGCGUGUCGCUGGCGCGGGGCGGGCGGCGUGUGGCGACUGCUGGCCGGCGCGCCCGCGUUGCCGCCCGCCGCGCUGCUCGCCGCGGCGCGGUGUCUGCACCAGCCGGCGGACUACUACCGGUUCAAAGAGCUAUUCGGCGAGCAACGCGGCGCCGCGGCGGCUCUGGACACGAUAGCGCUGAACGCGGCCUGGCUGCCGCAGGCUGACGCCGAUCUCCUGAGGUACUUCAACGCCGUCAACAGGAGGACCAGGGACUAAGUACUAUCAGAGAAGUUAAUUCAUAGACAGUAGCGGCGUUAGGGGGCGCGACGCUGGGCGACCGCCCAGGGCGCCCCGGAUAAAAAGGGUCGCCGAGGGCAAACAAGAGGGGCGCCGCAA